CCCAAGCGUAAGAUUGGCAUUUACUCCCCCGCUGAGCGGCGUGAGCGACUGAAGCGCUUCCACGAGAAGCGAAAGCUUCGCGUGUUCCACAAGCGCAUCAAGUACGACUGCCGCAAGCGGCUCGCGAAUUCCUGUCCGCGCAUCAAAGGACGCUUCGUCCGGAAGUCCGAGUACCUCCGAGCCACCAGUGGCGACGCUGCUUCCCCGGAAACGUCGGAGACAGCCUCCAGCUCCGACGAU